AUGGAGAUUGAGAUAUCUAUUCCUCCUCUCACGAUAGGACCAUCCAAUUCUAGAGUACCACCACUAGGACACCAUGUGCGACUAGACUCUAUCGAGGGGAGAGUCUUGUGUCUAGAGAGAGCACUUGCUACUAUUGGUAGUUGGUUGGGUCGAAUUAGGCACAUGUCAAAAGGGAAGGACACUGGCUCAAAUUCAAAUGAUAGUGAUGAGCAUGAGGGACAAUCUAGGGAUUAUGUUGAUGAUGGUGAUGGUGGAGAUGAUGCAGCCACUGGUGCUACUUGA